UUUAAAAGACUUUGUAUUUUCCGUACAAAUUAAUUAUGUUGGGGACAUUGAAUGAUUCAGUAUUGUAUAGAGAUGUUGCAUUGUUUCCUUGUUAAGUGUAAUUGUGGAACUUUAUGAAGACCUUGUAGUUAGUUUAUAUAUAUCAGAGGUUGGUUAAAAAUGAACCAGUGUAUUUUGCGUUGUUCGGUUAUCAACGUUUAUAAGGUCUUGUGUACAACAUAAUUUUUCAUUUUUUUCGAGAUAGUCAACAAAUCAUUCAUGUCUGAUUGGCGAAGUAUACCUUCUGAAAAUAAGCAUAGAGAAUUUCUUGAGAAAUUCAGUUCUAAUUUAAUUGAUUUUGCGUUUAAAAGCGUAUCUCGAAAUAAUCCUGUCUCAAGAUGGAGAGAUGCAAAUUAUUUGCAAGAAAUUUUAAAUUUUGAUUUGUUAGAAGAACCAAAAUCACAAAAUGAUUUAUUAUUGGCAGCAAAUAAGAUCUUGAAAUAUAGCGUUAAAACUGGCCAUCCAUAUUUUAUGAAUCAACUCUUCUCUGGAUUAGAUCCUUAUGGCUUGGCAGGACAAUGGUUGACUGAUAUCCUAAAUGCUUCAGUAUACACAUACGAAGUAGCACCUGUACUAACUUUAAUGGAGAAAACCUUGAUUAAAAAAUUAUUGUCUAUGUUUUAUAAAAAUGAUAAUGGAUCUGAAUUGGGUGAUGGAUUGUUUUGUCCAGGUGGAUCUUUUGCGAAUGGAACGGCUAUUAAUUUGGGACGAUUUUCUUUUAGAUGUGAAAACAAGGAUUUGAUGGAAAAGCCAAUUCUCUUUGCCUCGGAAGAUGCUCACUAUUCAGUAUCAAAAUGGGCAAACGUUUGCAAUGUAAAUGUCGUUUUUGUGAAAACGGAUGAUUUAGGUCGAAUGAGCGUAGAUGAUUUGAAGACUUCUAUUCGACAAGAACAAGAAAAAGGCAGUUCUUUGUUUAUGGUCUUCGCCACUGCUGGAACGACAGUAUUAGGAGCUUUCGAUCCAUUGAUCGAAAUAGCAGAUAUUUGUCAGGAUUUAAAAAUGUGGUUGCACGUCGAUGCAGCCUGGGGUGGUGGCUUAAUAUUCAGUAAAAAGCACAGUGGUCUUUUAAGAGGAAUAGAAAGAGCUGAUUCUAUUUUAUUUAAUCCUCACAAGUUACUUGCUGUUCCACAACAGUGUUCCUUACUUUUGACAAAGCAUAAUGAUAUUCUGACUAAAGCACAUUCUAAGGGAGCUACUUAUUUGUUUCAAAAGGAUAAAUUUUACUCUGCAGAGUUAGACCCUGGGGACAAGUAUCUACAAUGUGGGCGCAGAGCAGAUGUUUUGAAAUUUUGGUUUAUGUGGCAGGCUAAGGGAUCAUUGGGCUUUGAAAAACACAUUGAUCAUCUAAUGUCACUGUCAGCUUAUUUUAAAGACGAAAUUGAGAAAAAAGAAAACUUUGAGCUAGUAACACAGCCAUGUUUUAUCAAUGUGUGUUUUUGGUUCAUUCCUUCGCACUUGAAAGACAAGCAUUCUAUAUGUAAUUACGAGAAAGAAUUGAAUAAGGUAGCUCCUAAGUUGAAGGGGAAAAUGGUAAAAAGAGGUAGUUUAAUGAUCAACUAUCAACCAUUACGCGAGAAACCAAAUUUCUUUCGAUUCGUAGUACAAAAUUCUGGAACAGAUAUGCAAGAUAUUAAUUACGUAUUAGAAGAGCUCGAAAAUCUUGGGGAGUCCUUAUGAAUUCCAAUAUGAGGUCAUAUAUAUUUAGAUAUUUUAUAAUUAGCUUUUUUUUGAUUUUUUCUUUAUUAUAUGCACUUACUGCUUUUGGUAUAUACACUAGAUUUGAAAUAUAUUAUAGAAACACUUUCUUAAGUUAUCUUGAUAGAUAAUUCAAAGACAAAACUUUAUUACUUAUAUAUUUAUUCAUAUUCAUUUCAUAUUAUAUAUUUAUUCACAUAUAUAUAUGAUUAUGAUUCUGAAUCAGUCUUAUACGUCCUGCUAAUAGUACAUACAUUAAAUUCGUGAUACCAAGGUAAGAGGUCAUUUCGUGAUUGCGAUUGUCCUACAGCCCUAGAGGCCCCACAUCGUAUGCGAAUGAACCGACUAAUCCUGAUACGACUGACAGCACACAGGGAAGCCAUAUAUCCAUACUACUUUGCCUGUACUGAUUUUCCAUGACUGUACAACAUCAUGGUAGGUCUCUGAGUGCUCGUAGAAGGAGAUUGUGCCAAUAAGAAGUAACAUUUUUUCAUAUUCUUUUUUCUUUUCUGUUUUAUUCUUGUUUAAAAUAAUUUUUUCUAUUGCAAUAUAACUCGCUUCAAAAUAAUCAAUUCGCAAGACCCAUUUUUCAUAAUUGCAGUGAACUUCGUGAAUCGAUUUAAUUUACAAGAAACGAAAGAAUUCUUUUGGGUCAAUUAUUCAUUUCGAUAAACUUUGAUGAGUUCCGUUUUAAACGGAUUUUAUAAUAUUACUUUCAAUUAAUUGCUUCAUUUUUGUUGUUGGCACGAUUUAUUAAUGCAGUGAUGUACCAAUUAUAUAUAUAUGUAUAUAUAUUUGCGACCUCCUUUUUCGGACAAACGUUCUAUCCGAAUUUCUAAUAUUUUUUUUUAAAUAUAUUAAUAAAUUUAUUUAUAGUAAUAAUAUGAUUUUGUUCUUGUUGCAAGUAAAAUUCAUGAAAGUGUUGUUAUAUCUCAAAUAAUAUUUAUUUGAUUCUUUAUCAGAAUUUAAUUUAUGCCUAAUUGCUUAUUUUGACAUAGUUGUCUUUUUAUUUAAAACGACAUUAGAAUUAUUAGGACAAGUGAAAUAUUCGAAAGUCGAAUCUUUUUCGAUUUUCACAAACGAUGGAUUACUAAUUAUUUUUAAACUCAUACAAAUGCGCGUGAAUAAUUCGGUAAUUAUAAAUGUUAAAGAUUAAAAGCAUUAUUUCUAGUAUGGGAAGUACGUGAUCAUUUAACGAAGAUGAAAUGGAAUACGUUGGCCUCGUUUAGAGAUUAAUUGUAUAUAAAACCUUGACACAAUUGCCAAUUAUAAGUAACCCUUAUGAUUUGCGUUAAAACAGAUGUUCCAAUUAAAUUAUCUAUCUCAUUAUACUACUUUUAAUUAUACAUUUAUUAUACGAUAAAGUUAAUUUAUGAAUAACAAGAAGUAGCAAAUAUUAUUAUAAGUCAUAUUUCCAAAGAUUGAUAAUACUGAUUUAACAUAGAAUAACAUUUUUUAAUGAAACAUUAUAUUAUCUUGGUCAAAAUUUAUAAAGGAUAAGCAAAUGUGUAAUUAAUAUUCAUAAUUUUCGGUUCAGUUAUUCGUUUGAUCGAAUUUUAUAAGCAAUCAAAAUAGAAUAAAAGAAAAUGAUACCUUAUCGAAUAUCGAACUAAAUCUAUAAUAAAAUAAUAAUAAUGAAAUAGAGUAGCGAUAGAAAGGAAAAGAAACAUUUCAAUUAAAAUCAUUUGGAAGUCGUGUAUAUCACAUGGCAUCGAACCAGUUUGUUACGCUCCUGAGCAUAAGCCUCUACUAGGGGUGCUUGCCCUAUAGAUGAACGUAAGUUGGACAGUAGUCUAGUGCCCUGAAAGACGGCGAUAACGUCGGCAUACGCGAAUAGAAAGUCAAAUAUUUCGUAUAAUAGUUUAAAUGUCAUCGGAUAUUUACAGACUUGAAACGCAAGAUGCGGAAAGUUUCCCGGCUUGCGGAUCGCAGGUGCGUCACUUAAAUAUAUUUUUUCUUUUGGUUUACCUCUAUCCUGUAAACCUGCGCACAUCGUCGACUUUCUAGAUCAUCGUUAAAUGAUCUCUUCAUCCGAAUUUUGUUUUUAGAUCAAAUUUCAGUAGCUUUGUUAACAUAUAACAAUAAUCUUUACUUUUACACGAGAAUUUUCGAUGAAUUUAAAGACCCAGUGUACUAAGAUUGGACGGCAUCGAUCGAUUGCAGUUAACUAAAACAGACGCAACCUCGAAUUUAAUCGUUCUGAAAUAAUUAUAAAUAGAUUUAAUAUGCGCGUUAAUUUGAUAUAUUAACAUUGAUUUAAGGACACAAGUAUUUUAAAUGACGAAUUUUGGGAUAAAACAUUGUCAUGAAUAAAAUAGUGAUGAUAUCCGUUUUUCGUAAUA